UGGGCGGGGGCGGUUGAGGCACGCGGAAGAGGUGGAGGAAGGGCUACCGCUGAAUUUCGCUGCCCCCGAAUCCGCCCUCUCCGCGCCCACUCGGCCCGUCACGCGACCGCCGCCGCCGUCGCUCCGGGACCGCUCCCCUCGCCGCUGCCACCAAACUCCUUGGGGCCUCGCGACCCGGGCAGGUGGCCCGCGACCGUCCGGCCCUGGGAUAGGAAGAGGAGGCGGCAGUGGUGGUGGUGGCUGUAGAGAAGCUCUCGCUGCCGAAGGGCAGCCGGGGCAGCUCUCGCUGCUGAAGGGCUUGGAGCUCCGCUGUUGCUGCUGCCCGGGCUGAGAGCGGCGCUCGCGAGGAGCGCUUGGCGGGCCCACGUGACUCGGCGUGCUGGUGAAGAGGAGAUACGGCGCCGCCGCUGGGCCCUCCUGCGAUGUCCAACCGGCCCGACUUCAAGGUGGUCCUCCUGGGAGAGGUCAGCGUGGGGAAGACGUCGCUGCUGCGGCGCUACACGGAGCGCCGCUUCGAGGACACCGUGAGCACCGUGGGGGGCGCCUUCGUCAUGCGGGAGUGGGCCGGGCACACGGUGGCCCUGUGGGACACGGCAGGCAAGGAGCGGUUCCACGGGCUGGGCUCCAUGUUCUGCCGCGGGGCGUCCGCCGUGCUGCUGGUGUACGACGUGACGAGCCGCGCCACCUUCGCCGCGCUCGAGGAGCGCUUCCUGGGCCUGGCCGACUCCGCCGACGCCGGCUGCAUCUUCGUCCUCGUCGGCAACAAGGCCGACCUCCUGCCGCCGCCGUUGAAGCCGCCGUCGCUCCGGAGCGACGGGAGCCUCGGGGCGCCGGAGGACGCGGAGGGGAAGGGGGAGGAGCGGCGCCCACGGGAAGUGACGGCAGAGGACGCUCGCGAUUUUUACGGCCGCAUCCUCCGCUACCGCGACACCGUGGCGGGGAGCGCCGGUGCCGCCGGCGGCAGGACGCGGCGGCCGGCGACGCCGGCGCCCGAGCGGGCCUGCUUUGAGGCGAGCGCCAAGAGCGGCCGCGGCGUGGACGAGGUGUUCGAGGGCGUCUUCGAGAUGCUCGCGCCACGGCAUCGUAAUUCGUGCAGCACGGUUAACCUGGACGGUGCGGGGAAGCGCCAGCGCGGGCGCUGCUCCUGCUCCUGAGUGCCGGCGGCGGUGGGGGCGGCGGUGGAUCGGCGCGAUAGCCUGGGGCAACGUGGACACGAAAACAAGAGGCGGAGCGAUUUCCUGCUCGAACGAGCGGCACCGAAGCGUCGGUGCCCACCUUGUCACGCCCUGCGGAGCUAGCGUAAGCGAGGGAAGUUCCACAUUGCUCCGGCGGGGAUGCCCGGUUGUACGUUGAACUUAUUUCGCACCGUACGUAGCCAACCUUGCCAAUCGGAGGUGCGGAUGAGUCUAACCAUAGGACAAACUGCUACUGAUUUCACAACUCUGUGGUAUCUACUUUAUCGACCAUGCUGGGAUGAUGGGCCGAGUCAACCUCCAAUGAGGAUUUGAACUUCCAAGCUUUCCGUCCGCCAGGCCGCAGAAGCCGCAGACGCCGCUGUAAGGGGCACGGGGGUGACUCUGGGGCGGUGGACGCGAGCACGGCUCGUCACCGCGUACUGCUGCUGCCUUCCCAAUCACCCAAUCACCCAGCCACCUGUGGUUCCUCCUCCUGGUGCCUCUGAGUCAUCCAUUCUCUACCCCCCCCCUCCCUGAGUCAUCCUCUCUCUUUCUCUCUCUGUCAUCCUCUCUGAGUCAUCCUCUCUCAGAGUCGUCCUCUCUCUCUCUCCCCGAGUCGUCUUCUAUGAGAGCGAGUGACUAUAGCACGGCAGGUGGCACGCUACGAGUUGAAAUCAUCACAGGGAGACCUCGCUGCAGCGCUCUCAAGAUGCGUUCCCGGGGAAGCGAACAGUGCUAAUCGAAACGGCGCUAAACGGGGGUCGUUAUACCAUUGCUUUCAUAGGGAUGCGUUCCCGAGAGCAACAUACGAUGGCUUCAUUGGGGUAUCGGUAAUAGCGCUUAUAAUAACAACGGAUGGUAAACAUUAUUUUGAGUAAAUAAACAUAACUAUUUAUCACAGUUAACGUCGUGUACCAUACCCACGAGUGCUUUCUACUCUACCACUACACGGUAGCGGCGGGAGAGGAGGUUGGAGGAGCUGCUGCUGCUGCUGCUGCACUCCCAGUCCGGGUCACUCUCAGCCCGGGGUCACUCGCAGUCCGGGGUCACUCUCAGCCCGGGGUCACUCUCAGUCCGAGGUCACUCUCAGUCACUCUCAGUGCGGGGUCACUCCCAGUCCGGGGUCACUCCCAGUCACUCUCAGUCCGGGUCACUCUCAGUCCGGGAUGACUCUCAGUCCGGGGUCACUCUCAGUCCGGGGUCACUCUCAGUCCGGGGUCACUCCCAGUCCGGGGUCACUCUCAGCCCGGGGUCACUCUCAGUCCGGGGUCACUCUCAGUCCAGGAUCACUCUGAGUCCGGGGUCACUCGCAGUCCGGGGUCACUCUCAGUCCGGGGUCACUCUCAGUCCGGGGUCACUCUCAGCCCGGGGUCACUCUCAGUCCGGGGUCACUCUCAGUCCGGGGUCACUCAGCCCGGGUCACUCUCAGUCUGGGUCACUCUCAGUCCGGGGUCACUCUCAGCCAGGGGUCACUCUCAGCGAAGAGCUCCAGGAGCUCUGUGCGUGAUCUUAGACGAUGAUGCCCUCCAGUCCGAAUCUCAUUACUCUUUGGUUCUUUCGGUAAAGUCACCUAGGUAGAAAUAAAACAAAAUGAAUCACGACGUUUCGACAGCAACACAAGCCAUCGUCUUCAGGUGAAAAUCUCGAUAACCGCGAUGUCUGUUGCGAGCAGCACGACGUGAACUUUACCGAAAGAACCAAAGAGUAUGGAUUCCUGCAGUCACGAAAGCUUCAAAUCAAGAUCAUCGAAUCUACAUGUUAAGGUUUAUUUUGGGCCACUGGUUCUUCUGCUUAACCUGGGGGGGGGGGGCGCAUGCAACUCCCUGGGGGUGCGAGAGAGAUGCCCUGUCUGGGGGUGGCGAGACAUGGACAGAUUUUUUUUGUUCGAAGGCAAAUCGUCGAAAGCACAAUUUGAGCACGGGGCACGCAAGUUACAACUUACUUUGUUUCAUCAAACCCCGAUGUAUUAACAUUAUACAUUUUUUUUUUUUACGAUCGAGAACAAAAGUGGUUGUUAAGGCCUGCAGUAAAAGGUUAAAGGACCGCAGGUUUAAGGUGCAGCGGCCCCAAGACUCAAAUCCUAGUGCUCGCGAUGCUCUCCCUCGCGCGGCUAAACAAAAUCGACGCUUGUAAAAUGUCAUCGUGGCCACGAGUCGUGAUGAUCGAAUCGUGAGCGUGGGGCGGCAGCGGCGGGAGGUUCGAUUGGCCGAGAGCGUUCGACGCUCUCAUUGGCUGUGCGAAUGAAUGGGAGGCGGCGUCGGGGUCUUACGCUCGAAAGAGUUUUGUGGGGAGGUUUUUUUUAAUUAGUUUUCAAGGUUUUUCUUUUUUUAAGAGUCAAAAUUUCAGGGAGAGCGAGAGAUUAAAAAAAAGACGGGAGCGUGGUGACGAAUCGGCGUUCACGCGGGGGGGUGGGUCGCGCCGAGCGAGGCCGGCCGGUGCCCCGUUUGCGUUGCUUGCGUUCGUGCACGUAGCCGCGUUAACGUGAAGGUUUAUGAGCGACCGUGUGUUUUGCGCAAUACUGUCACGCAGCGAUUGCCGAUCCACCUCGCCUCGGUUAGAUUCCGGGCAGGAAACACACGCCGGUAAGAAUUGAGCGGUGGACGUUGGCUUAUGUACCCACGCGAGGCGAAAGAAAUAAAGGAACUGCGUGACCAUUCUG